GGGCAGGUGCCCAGAGCGGCUUUGGGGAUGGGACGCGUGCCCGUGGCUCCAUGGGACGCUGUCCUGUGGCAGGGAUGGGGCCUCGGGAGACUCUAUGGGGACAGCCCGCGGCUCCCGCCGGUACAGUGCUCACAAACCCUGCCCUUGCUCCCUCGCACCUCCAUCACCCCCUCUCCUACCGGCCCCCAGCUCCAGCCGGCUCCUGCCCCGCUCCCCCAGCCCCGCGCUCCCUCCCACCCAGCCCUGCUCAGCCCCCUUUUCUCCCACCUCCUCUAGGCCAUGGCUGCGGCAAUCGCCCUCAUCCUGGCUAUACUGGCCAUGCAGCCCAUGCAGAAGGGCCUUCACCGCAGAGAUAUGGCCACGGACGAGCGGAUGCGGCAGCGUAAGGCGUAUCUGGAUGAGCAGACGACUCGGGUGAUGCAGGAGGUUGACCGGAGCUGGGGCACGUUCCUUCCCGCGUUGCAGCAGUGGCCGCUUUGGACUGUUGCGGGGGCCCUGGUGCUGCUCGUUAGCGUCUGCUGGCUGGUCAGGAAAAUGAAGCUUGCCUCUGGCAGCCACAGUGAGCAGGACAGAAAGGAGGAUGACAGGGAGGAGGAAGACCUCCAUGGUGCACACAGCGGUGUCAGCUAUAUGGCUGUGCCCACCCCACCGACAAUGCACGACCUGCCUGACACGUGCGAGGCCCUGAAGGAGCUGGUGGGUGACCUCCUUAAGGUCUGCCAGAUACUGUGCAAGAGGAGUUUCAUGCCAGAGCUGUACCCAGCCACUGGGGAGGAGGGUGCCCGUGAAACCUGGAGUGUGCACGGGAACAGCAUCACCUACCGCCUGCCUGUGUUCCUGUGGCCACCCCCCGGGCACUCUUUCACCCUGGAGCCGGACACCACGGGGCAGCUGCCAGAAGAGCAGCCCAGCAUCCGUGUGGGGCUGGAGUGCGUGUGCUUGAGGCAGCAGCUGCUGGGAGACACACUGUGCUUUCUCCACCACCCCGAGGACCAGCUGCCGAGGGACCAGAGGUCGCCCCUCCUCCACACCCUCUGCACUCACUCCUGCCUAGACGUGGAGAAAAUCGUCUGCUGGACCCAAAUGCUAGUAAAAACAGCCUGGCUGCUUUUGCCUGAGUCGCGCCACUGCCAGCUAACGCUGCUGCCCUCCUCCCAGUCCUGCAGGUUCCAGCUGACAACCGCCUCCAAGAUGGACAUCUGCACUGAAAUGAUUUUUGCGGUGUGGCAGGACAGCCAGGCUGAGCCUUGAGUAGGCGGAGGGAGGCCAGCUUCACCAGCAGCACGCCACGGCCAGAGAGCCACGCUGCU